AUAAUAUUUCGGUUUAUUAAUUUGAAAUUUUGAAUCACAGUUGUACCUACAUACUAUAUACUAAUUCUACAAAUAUAUUUUUAAAAAUGACCAAAGUAACAAACGAAAUACUUCUAACUUCUAUUAAAGAGCAUAAAGAUGUGUUGUUUGAUGCUUUUUCAAGUCAGCUUUCUCAUCAAGAUAAGGAGCAGGCAUGGAAAAAAGUUUUAGACAUUGCUAAAAGUUUGGGUCACAAACUGCCUGAAAAUAAGGGAAAUGAUUGGACAUAUUUACGUGAUACGUGAUCGUGCUAAGUACCUACAUCAAAUUUGUAAUCUUAAAAUUGGACCUAAAACUGGCUCUGCAGGAGGAAAAAAUUGCAAACUUACUACAACUGAUGAAUUAGUUUUAGACAUAAUUGGUUGGCAAUCACCAAUUGUACAGGGUCUAGGUGUACAAGAUUCCUUAGGCCAUCAUACUCAUGAAACUAUACUAGAGUGUACUAAUGAGAAUGUGGUGGCAAAUGAUGUAAAUUUUAACCAGUCUAAUUCACCAGAUACGUCAACCAUAAAUAUUAUUAGAAAUUCAUCUCCAAAUGAUAAUGUUAAAAAUAUUGAAAAAUCAAAGAAAAGAGUAGUAGUAGCCAGUUCUUCGAAACAAUAUAACAAUAUGGAUGAAUUAACAGCCUUAGAGCGUAGGAAGUUAGAACUUCAAGUUGAAUGGCUUGAAAAACAAAACUACAAAGAAACUCUGGAAAUAUUACAGUUAGAAAAUAAAUUAUUAUUGGAACAUUCUAAGUAUACAUUUGAUUUAGUACUGGAACAUAAAACUGGCAAAUGA